AUGUUCCACCUGGCUAAAGGCCUAUACAACAACUGGAACCGCAAGGAGCAAUAUUCGAUCCUGAUUUUGGGUCUCGAUAAUGCCGGCAAGACAACCUUUCUAGAGACAUUGAAGAAGAGCUAUUCGUUACAUUCCAAGGAACUCAGCAAGAUAACCCCGACAGUAGGACAGAAUGUUGCGCAGGUGCCGAUGGAUAAGAACUGUAUUUUGAAGUUUUGGGAUGUCGGUGGACAGCAGAAUCUGCGAGCGAUGUGGCCAGAGUACUACCCGCAAUGCCAUGGUAUCAUAUUCGUCGUUGAUAGUACCGACAGAUCGCGUAUAGGGGAAUGCAACGACGUACUGGCGACCGUUAUGAUGGACGAAGACGUCGAGGGCGUGCCAGUUCUGAUGCUGGCUAACAAGCAGGAUAGACCGGAUGCGAUGGAAGUGCAAGAUAUAAAACAGAUAUUCAACAAGAUUGCAGAGCAUUUGGGUGCCAGAGACAGCAGGGUACUUCCAUUAAGUGCAUUGACAGGAGAGGGCGUGCGUGAAGCCGCAGAAUGGCUUCUGAUAAGAUUGCAGAGAAAUAAGUCAAACAGGCCGCCUCAGUACCGCUGA